AUGUCUCUGCGCAACGCCGUCAAAGAACUUCGCCGAGGUACCUCCCGGCGUAAUCUAGCUCUCCCUUCUGGCACAGGGAGUUCCGGGGGAAUUCCAUACCUACAAUCAAGCAUAGCCGAGGACGUCGAUGCAUGUCCAGCAUACCAUCCCGCGAUACCUUCACGUACGGAACCCGUCGACGCAGAUCCAUUCCACAACUUGCUCGAGGAUACACACGAUUCAGACCUCGACUCGGAAGAGGCGCCUCCCCCAUACAUGAAACUCUCCAACGGGGACAGAAAGCCUGAGUACUCAAGGUACGACCCGGCUCAGACCACAGACGCAAAUCUCUCCCGAAUGGACGGUGCACUAUGUCUGAGGUGCAACGCGCGCAAGGCCAAGGCUUGGUAUCUUCGCCAAACGGUGCGCCCCAGUCAAUGA